AUGUCUGAUGUCCACGGGUCGUAUAACAUGAUAUAUUUGGGUUCUGUUUUGUUUAUUUUGAUGGAGGCUGGAUGGCUAGAGGGAGGUGGAGAAUUACAUAGGUACGGGAGGGUAGCACCACCGUAUGAUCUAGUUUUCGUCAACAAAGCACCACAGCCGUCUACUGCGGUUGCGAAACCAUGA